AUGAGUGGUUUAGAAAAGAAUCUGUUUCAAUUAAAGUUCACAGCCAAGCAACUCAACAAGCAAUCGAAGCGAUGCCAGAAGGAUGAAGGACUUGAAAAGGCCAAAUUGAAAAAGGCUAUUCAAGACGGCAAUAUGGAGGGAGCUCGUAUAUACGCGUCCAAUGCUAUCCGAAAAAAGAACGAGGCUUUGAAUCUUUUAAGGCUCUCAUCAAGAAUCGAUGCCGUGGCAAGUCGAGUACAAACGGCUGUCACCAUGCGUAAGGUGACUGGAUCGAUGGCAAACGUAGUCAAGGGGAUGGAUAAGGCAAUGGAAUCGAUGAACCUUGAAAAGAUAUCCAUGGUGAUGGACAAGUUUGAAUCACAAUUUGAGGAUCUGGACGUGCAAACAGAAUACAUGGAAGGAGCAAUGGCUGGCACAACGACGAUGACAACACCCCAAGGUGAAGUGGAGACGCUUAUGCAACAAGUGGCUGAUGAGCACGGCCUUGAACUCAAUCAACAACUCGGUCGAUUGGAACCAAGCAACACACUUGCUGAGCCCAAACAAAAGGAACGUGAUGAAGAUGCAUUGUUGACUGAACGACUCAAGGCAUUGCGUGGAUAA